AUGAAGACCACCUUAGCACUGUUCUGCAGUGACGACGCCCUGGAAGAAGAGCCGGCGAUCAACGUCGAUUACCUUUCGCACGUAUGGAGAGAAGAGGAUAUUUGGGUGACAAGGAGGGAGAAGGAUAGCGACAUUACCUGGCUCUAUGGCCCAUGGAAGUGCAUUGAGCCGUCACCCCCUGCGCACGCGGCGGCAUCCCAAACAUCCCGCGAGAGCUCACAGUUGCCAUCUGCCAUCAGACCAGCACUAAAACGAAGGACACGGCUGUCUUUCGCAUCCUGCACAACACUCGCCCCUCAACGCACGACAAAUGAACCACCUGUCCUUGAAAAGGAUGUUCCCAAAACUGCUGCCGCUCGGGCAUGGUUGAAAUUUUCAUGGCCCCAAUACCUGGUAUCGCGUCUGGCUGCGUCCGCAGUCCGCUACACGAACGAGAGGUACAGGCGUAUCUGGCCCCAGUUCCCGUCAACGAACCGCUCGAAGGUCCACUUUGACCUGGAGGUUCAGCAGUGCAUAGCUAUAAAUUCGACAAUCACGCACGACGCAGCCUAUAAUGGCGAUAGUUCUCUCUUGCAGAAUCCCCGAUUUGAUGACGCUUCUCGCGUCCCUGGGGAAUGUUAUUUCUUUAUGGACAGCAGUUUAUUUUGUGAAAAGAGCCAGGGACACACCAUCACACAACUACCGUCUAUUGAAGUCAAAUCACCUCCCGGGUCCAUCGAGCCUCGCCAAGGAGGAGCUGAUAAAUUUUCAAUUAAUAGCCCCUUCCACUGUUCGAGCUGA